AUGCCGCCAAAGAAGGUAGCAGACCAGCCGAAGAAGAAGAAGGCGAGUGUGGAAGAUAAGACUUUUGGUAUGAAAAAUACCGGAGUAUUGACAUCUGAUAAGAAAAAAGGAGGAGCCGCCCGCAAACAAAUCGCCCAAUUAGAAGCCCAAAGCAAGCACGGCAAGAACGCCGAGGAAAAGAAGAAAGAAGCCGAAAAGGAGAGGCGCCUGGCCGAGAAGGCCGCUGCCGAACAAGCCAAGAGAGAGACUGCAGAGCUCUUCAAGCCCGUUCAAGUACAAAAAGUGCCCUUUGGAGUCGAUCCCAAGACUAUUGUUUGCCAGUUUCACAAGCAAGGCCAUUGCGAGAAGGGCAAGAAAUGCAAAUUCAGCCACGAUCUCAGUAUAGAGCGCAAGGCGGUUAAGAGGGACUUGUAUUCUGACUCGAGAGAUGCGGAAGCUGCCGCUGAUACCAAGGAUAAGGAUACGAUGGAUCAGUGGGACGAGAACAAGCUCCGCGAUGUGGUGCUGAGCAAGCACGGCAACCCACGGACGACUACUGAGAAGGUCUGCAAGCAUUUUAUCGAGGCGGUCGAGAAUCAGAAAUAUGGUUGGUUCUGGACGUGUCCGAAUGGGGGUGAUAAGUGCAUGUACCGACACGCGCUACCACCAGGAUUUGUUCUUAAAACAAAGGAACAACGCGCCGCCGAGAAGGCCUUGAUGGAAAAAUCACCUCUCCACACCCUGACCCUAGAGGACUGGCUAGAGUCGGAACGACACAAGCUGACCGGAACACUGACGCCAGUGACACCCGAGUCGUUUGCAGAAUGGAAGAAGAAACGCCUCGACAAAAAGGCCGCAGAGGAAGAAGCUCAAAAAGCGAAGGAGGCGACCGGUCGUAUGCUUUUCGAAUCUGGCAACUGGCGUCCUUCCGGCGACAGCGAUGAGGAAGAGUCCGACGGGGACGACAACAACGAAGGUGCAUGGAACCUGGAAGCUUUGCGUAAGGAAACCGAGCGCUUGCGUCAGCAGAAAGAAGAAGAACGAUUAGCCUUGUUGCAUGGAGAGCAGGGGGGAGGCUUCCAAGAGGUACAGGCUAAUGGCUAA